AAUAUUUUACUUUCUCUAUGGCCUUAACCUAUAAUAAAUCCGAGUUGACUGACGUGUCUGCAAGCUAAUUUGCCAUAAGUUUGAAACUAAAAUGAAUUCGGUGCUCCAAAGGGGCAACUCCAUUCUAGCCUAUGCGCUUAGCGCGCUGGCCUUCCUGACAUUUUGCUGUUUUGCCUCCACAGUCUUUCUGAACUAUUCCACAAAUGCAGAUAUCAAAACUGUGAAAGUUUUGGUUAAGAACGUGCCUGAUUUCAGUGCCUCGCGGGAUGUAAACGACUUGGGGUUCCUGACUUUCAACCUCAAAACUGACCUUACUGAUAUAUUCAACUGGAAUGUUAAGCAGCUCUUUAUGUAUCUUACCGCUGAGUAUGUGACGAAAAACAAUCAGCUUAAUCAGGUAGUUUUAUGGGACAAGAUCAUCCUACGAGGAGAAAAUGCAGUGUUAGACUUCAAGAAUAUGAAUACCAAAUACUAUUUCUGGGACGAUGGAGAUGGGCUAAGGGGAAAUAAGAACAUCACACUGACACUGUCCUGGAACAUCAUCCCGAAUGCCGGUCUAUUGCCGAACAUUUACGCCAGCGGCAUGCAUUCGUUCAAGUUCCCUGUAGAGUACACGUCGUCCAAAAUGUAAUCCAUUAUCAAGGUUAUUUUUUUAAUUUCCAACUUGUUCUGGCCGCCACUCAAACAAAAACUAUUUUGUGUAUAUUUACUUAUUUAAAUUGCAAAGCAUUUUGUGUGUUGUGCUUGAAAAAUACGUUUUUUUAUAAA